AAUCAGUGAGUUGCAACUGCUGGAGUUCUCAUUCACUUACAGAGGAUGCUCUCCCCACCAUCCUGAUCAACAUGGUUUUAUUGAACUCCCGUGAUUUGCUUAGCGGAACUCCACCAAACGCUUCUUCGUUGCGAAUGGAUCGUUUUCUGUCGCAGAAUUAAAGGCGCAUUUUGAAAGCAAUGGAAUCAGUUUCCCUGCCGAGCCGCACUUUGAGAAGAGGCUGAACAAGUGGAAUGAAAGCGGGACGCCUUCCGACAUCAUAGCUCAUCAUAAUGGAUGGGACAUUGGCUACAUUUGGGAACACAAAUAACUGGAAGGCUCCUUAAGAAGGUGGCUGGUGACCUGAAAGACUGGCAGAACCCAUUUGGAAGCAGAGUGUAAAAAAAAAAAAAGCAAAAAAACAUCUAGACACAGCCGCGUCCGAGAAUGAGAAUCAAAUACACAAUACCCAUUGUCUUCUUUGUGGCACUUGUUGUCAUUGAGAAGGAAAACAGGAUCAUCUCGAGGGUGUCAGAUAAGCUCAACCUGAAGCAGACCCCCCAAACUCCUCUACAGCCUGGUGCUUUCUCCCACUUAGUACUGAAGCACAAUGUCUCCUUCCCCGCACUCAGCAAAGACUUCAAGGUGAUGAAGCGGCGCCUAGAGAACUACAGCGAACACCAGGAGGUACCAAGAAAAGGAAGGAAACAUGUUCUCCUGUUGGCCACCACCAGGACUGGAUCCUCGUUUGUAGGCGAGUUUUUCAACCAGCAAAGUGACAACAUGUUUUACCUAUUCGAGCCUCUGUGGCAUGUGGAGAAGAUGUUGACGUUGGACACUGGAGGUACCAACGCCACUGCGUCGGCCAAGGCGUACCGUGACGUUCUCCAGCAGCUUUUUCUGUGCGACUUCUCCCUGCUGGAAAGCUUCAUCGACCCGCUCCCUGUGAACCACAUAACCACUAGCCUCUUUCGCCGGGAGUCCAGCAGCUUUCUGUGUGAGGAGUCCGUCUGCAGCCCUGUUGUCAAAGGUGUUUUUGAGCGGUACCGCUGCAAGACGAGACGCUGUGGGCCCCUGAACCUGACCCUGGCAUCAGAGUCCUGCCUGAAGAAGGAUCACAAGGUCAUCAAGUCUGUAAGGGUUCGGCAGCUUGAAAAUCUCCGUCCACUUACUGAGGAUCCGCGUCUUGACAUCAGAUUCAUCCAGCUGGUUCGGGAUCCCCGGGCUGUGCUGGCCUCGCGUAUGGUUGCGUUUGCUGCCAAGUAUAAGAGCUGGAAGGAGUGGGCCCUGGGUGGGGAAGAGCCCCUCAAUGAGGAUGAGGUGAAGAAGCUCAAAGGCAACUGCGACAAUAUCCGGAUGUCUGCGGAAGUCGGCCUCAGGCAACCCCCGUGGCUGCGUGGUCGGUACAUGUUGGUGCGAUAUGAGGACAUUGCUCGUUUUCCCAUGAGGAAGGCAACGGAGAUGUUUCGAUUCUCUGGAAUUCCUCUCACUCCACAAGUGAAAGCCUGGAUCCUGAAGAACACCCAGGUUUCUAAGGAAACCAGCGGGGUUUAUUCUACCCAGAAGAAAUCCUCUGAACAAGUAGAGAAAUGGAGGUUCAGUCUGCCAUUCAAGAUAGCCCAGGUUGUGCAGAGAGCUUGUGGGCCAACACUGAAGCUGUUUGGGUACAAAUUUGUGAGCAGUGAAAAGAUGCUAACAGACAAAUCUAUAAGUCUUAUUGAAGAUAAAGUCUUUAGGGUUUAAAAUAAAAAAAAAUAUCACAAUAGUAGAACAAAUAGAGGAAAAAGGACAGUUAUUAUUUUUUUUACUUUAUUUUCUUGAAGUGAGGUUCAAUGAAGUCAUUAUCAGUGAUAGUUUCCUUACCUGUAGUAGACUAAUGUCAUAUUAGUAAGUUUGCAGGAAGAGGGAUGGGGUAGAGUCAUUCAAACAGAUCACAUUUUAGAUCAUUUUAACAAUAUAAAAACUGAAAAUGUUUAGAUAUGUGAAUGGGUUAACCAUCCCAUCUGUGGUCAUUGUGCUUCAGAGAUUUGUGUUUAUUCUAAGUCUUUUAUAUAAUGUAUAAGGCUGGAAUUAUUGUCUUGUUACUGCAUUUCUUUUUGUCAGCCUUAGUUCCUUUUUUUUAAACCUACUCUGACUCAUUUGUGCUGUUUCUCUUUACUUCCUAUUUUCAUUAUCUCUGUUUCUAAGGUUUCAUUAUUAUUUUUUUUUUUUUUUUGUGCCAAAUUCUAACUUGGUAAAUAACAUUAUUUUCAUUUUUGGUUAUGUCCUGCAUUUGUCCAGUUUUCAGUUUUUUUUUUGUUUUUUUUUUUUUGCAUGUUAGCUUCUUUCAAGUGUCCCUCUGUUGUAUUAUCUCUCAGAUUUCUCUCUCAGCUUUUUCCACAGCAUAUGUCACCAGUCGUCCCAUUAUUGUACCAAUAAUCAUUCUGACCUGCAGAUGUUCGUCUCCGUUCCCUCCUCUCAUUGCAAACGUUGGCAGUUGUUUGUGCUUCUGGUUUCAUUUCCGCCUACAUUGAGGUUCUGUUCGCACUUUUCCUUGACAUUAUUCACGGUCAGGAGACUGCUGUUAAAGUUGUAAAGUGUAGAUGGUUGAUGGUUAAUAUAAAAGCAUCAGAUCAUAAAAAAUGAGUAACCCUGGUUAGCAAUUAGCUUUCCAAAGCUCAUGUAGUUCAUAUAAUUUUCUGUUUAUUGGUGCUGCAUAUAAUUUAUGGCAAUAUGACAUCAUUACAAGUAAGGGAACUUUGUUCUAUAUUUAUUUUUAUACUUAAUUUUUAUAUUUUUUAUUUUGUUUUUAUCUAAUAACUUUGCAGAACCUCACUUCAAAAAAUUUUGAAAUAUUCCUUUAAAACCUGUUUGCAUUGAUUAUAUUUAUUGUGAUCAGUCCUCGUAAAACAGAUGAUCUGUUUUCAUACCUUUUGUACAAUUUAACAUAGUUUGAGGUCAUUAUUUAUAACCGAACUUUAAAGCUCAAUAAAAUACAGUUUAGCUCUUUUUGCACUCACAACUACUGCAACCCCAUUGUCUGUUUUUUGUUCUGAAAGACCAAAAUUUUAUAGCUGUGGCUUUGUGAACAACAAUGAGCAGUUUAACUAAAACACUUCCAGGAACCUCCACUCAUUGUUUUUUGUGAAGUUUUUUUUUUUCUGCAGGAACAACAAGAAUUAUGAUUGCACCAAAGACACACAAACCUGAAAUUGUGUUGUAUUGCAGUGUCUUGCCAUGCAAAUAGUUUAUCUUUUGACUUUGGGAAGUAAUCUCUCAUGAAAAUGUGUCUAUUUGUUUCUCUGUCUAUACUGGCUGAAUCUGCUCAUUUUGCACCUUUGCAGAAGUUACUGUUUUACAAAUCUGUAUUUUGACUUUGUUGAGGAAACAUUUUGUCACCUCCCUAAAAUAAUGGCUUAUGUCUUUUUUUUAUUUUUAUUUUUUUGCCAAACGUAGUUUUGGCAAAAACAAAAAAAUCUCUCCCUUUUUAUUGUUAAAAGAUGAUUUAGGGAAAGACUCACUUUUG